AAAUCUAUUCAAAGGUGCAUUUAACGGGCCCAAAAGUUUAUUUUUAUUUUCUUACGGAACGUUCUAUUAACAGUUUUAAUGCACAGGUGUGAAUCAGUGGCGAUCGAUCGUGAUACGUGGAUUUGAUUGGGGGGAAAAAAAAAACAUAAUUAAUCCAGCGAGAAAAUGUGGCUCUGCAUUUUGGCGUUAACCUUUGCUUGCGGGAACGGUCAGUUCUCGCAAGAGCCAAACGAAUCGACGCGUUCCCCGUGGAAUCGAUUCGAUGACAGAGAACAAACUGGAUUCGGACCACGAAAUCUUGGAAAUCCAAGUGACAGUAUUAUAAUAAAAGAAGCUACAUAUUUUGUGGUCGCAUCCCGAAUGGUAAGACCUGGUAAAACCUACCGGGUGGCUGUAAAUGUCUUAUACAGCCCACUACCAAUGACAGUGCAUGCAUCCAUUCAAAGAAAUGGUGCAGAAAUUGCUGCCGACUAUCAAGAAGUGAAAGAAGGAAUACCGGAAACCCUACUGAUGAGGAUGCCAUCUACUUCAGUGGGAGGAGAAUAUAAGCUAAGGGUGGAAGGAAUGUACAACAGUUUAACCGGUGGUCAGGCAUUCGUAAAUGAGACCAAACUCACAUUCUCUCAAAGAUCAAUGACUAUUUUCAUUCAGUUGGACAAGCCUGUGUACAUGCAGGGAGAGACUGUACGAUUCAGGACUAUACCCAUAAAUACCGAACUUAAAGCGUUCAAUAAUCCUAUCGACGUAUACAUGUUAGAUCCACAUAGGAGAAUAAUGAGACGUUGGUUGAGUAGACAGAGUAACUUGGGUACAGUGUCCCUGUCGUAUCAGCUCUCGGAUCAGCCCGUUUACGGAGAGUGGAUUAUACAGGUAAUAGCGCAAGGUCAAGUGGAAGAAAAGGCGUUCGUGAUAGAGGAAUAUUAUCAGACACGCUUCGAAGUGAACGUUACGAUGCCUGCAUUUUUCUUCGAUAACGAUCCUUACAUAUACGGCACGGUUCAAGCAAAUUAUACCAGCGGUGCACCGGUCAGAGGGAACUUGACCUUGAAAGCGAGCUUCAGAUCCGUGGAUAAAACACGGGAAGAAGUUGCUUCCGAGUCAACCGAAAGGUAUUUCUACUUCGACGAAUAUUAUCCGUCUUGGUUGAAAAUACCAUCGCUUUACGAAGAUACAGUACCCGUUCUGAGAUUUUUCAACGGAACGUACCAUUUUCGAUACCCAAUGUCGGAGCUAUUGACCUUCGCACCUUCCGCGACCGGUGUGGAAAUUACCGUGGUCGCUACCGUUGGGGAAAGGUUUCUGGAAGAGGUAAUCACAGGAUAUUCGACGGCUCGUAUUUUUAAUUCAACAUCAAAGAUUCGAUUCUUAGGCGGUUCGCCGCAAAUCUUUAAACCGUCGAUGCCAUUUUCUAUAAAUUUAGUGGCAUCGUUUCACGACAAUUCCGCAUUAAGGCACACGCAACUGAGGGGAGCAACGGUGGAGAUCCGUGCAGACAUCGAAAUGAAAACAGGUGGUCGUAGAACCAUGGAGACUCGAUUUUUAAAGGUAUCCGCGGAUAACGCGGCUGUCUGGUCCACGAAGAUCGAUCUGAGGAGGCAAUUGGGGCUCGAACAGAAUACAGAUCAAGCCCAAUAUAUUUUGAACGAUAUAGCUUCUAUGAAAAUUUAUGCUUUUCUCACAGACGGAGAGGGAGCUAAGGCGCAAACCGAGCUGUUACUGUUAGCCCAUGAAUCCCCAAAUCAACAACAUAUCAAAAUUUCAACAUCCACGGAGAAGCCUAAAGUUGGAGAAUACAUGGUGUUCCACGUUCAAACAAACUUCUAUAUCGAUACGUUUAACUACAUUAUCAUGGCGAAGGGUAUCAUACUUUUAACCGGGCAGGACAACAUGCAACACAACAUAAAAACGUUUGCUGUUCCCCUCAGUGCAGAGAUGGCUCCUGUUUCAACUAUCAUGGUGUAUCAUAUCGGACAGUAUGCUAAUGUUGUAGCGGACUCGCUAACAUUUUCUGUGAAUGGUAUUUCACGUAAUAAUUUCACCGUGUACAUUAACGAUAAAAAAGCUAGAACAGGUGAGAAUGUUGAAGUAGCUAUUUACGGAGAGCCAGGAGCAUACGUUGCUCUGUCGGGUAUAGAUCGAUCCUUCUUCACUAUGCAAGCUGGAAACGAAAUAACGUACUCUAAUGUAAUUACGAAAAUGGCACAUUUCGACGAGGCAACAAACGGUACACAUUCUCAUACUUGGUUGUACCACGAUGGCGAUCCGGACGAAGUAGUCUACUAUCCGUCUUCAACGUUUGGCAUAGAUGCAAACAGAACUUUCGAAUAUAUUGGAUUAAUUGUUUUUACAGAUGCUUUUGUUUACCGAAGGCCAGAUAAUUGCAAUCAGACUCAAGGAUACGGUGAAUGCCUUUCCGGAAGGUGUUACAGAUUAGAGAAAAAAUGUGACGGGACAUUCGAUUGCGAGGAUGGCACGGACGAAGCGGUUUGCGAAUACAGAAAUAACACUGAAAUAGCGUUGUUCAGAAAGUGGAGGUCCAACAGAGUACAGAGACAAUACGAAAACGUUUGGUUAUGGAAAGACAUCAACAUUGGUCCUCACGGGAGGUACAUAUUUAAUAUAGACGUACCGCGGAGACCGGUUCAUUGGAUGGUGACUGCGUUCAGUAUGUCGCCUAGUAUGGGUUUUGGUAUGUUGCCAAAGGCGCUCGAAUAUAUGGGUGUCUUACCGUUUUAUAUAAACGUGGAGAUGCCUACUCAUAGUCGUCAAGGCGAGCAAAUCGGUAUCCGAGUUUCCAUUUUCAAUUACCUGUGCCACAACAUCGAGGCAAUAGUAGUCUUGGCUGGUUCUAACGAUUACAAAUUCGUUCACGUCGAGGAUAACGGCAUCGUGCAAUCGUACAAACCUCGUACGUCGUUUGGCGAACAUCAGUUUUUCAUUUGGAUACCUGCGCAGGAUGCUGCUAUCGUCUACUUGCCAAUUGUACCUGUCAGGCUCGGGGACAUCAAAGUACACAUUUACGCCACCACUGUAAUUGGAAGAGAUUCGGUUACCCGUAAUUUGCACGUAGAAGCUGAUGGUGUUCCACAGUAUCGACAUCAGUCUAUUCUACUUGAUCUGAGUAAUCGUGCUUACGUGUUCCAGUACAUGCAUGUUAACGUCACGGAAACUCCGAUCAUACCGUACAACGAAAAUCGCUAUUACGUGUUUGGAUCGAACAAGGCGGUGAUAAGCGUAGUCGGGGACGUCGUCGGUCCAAUAUUUCCUACGAUGCCCGUCAAUGCUACCAGUCUCAUAAAUCUUCCUAUGGAUUGUGCCGAACAAAACAUGUUCAGUUUCGCAGCCAACUUGUACACGAUACUGUACAUGCGUUUGGUGAACCAACGUAACCGAACACAGGAGAAGGAAAGCUUUUAUUACAUGAAUAUCGGCUACCAGCGACAACUGUCGUUCAUGAAUCCCGAUGGUUCCUUCAGUUUAUUCCGUAGCGACUGGAACCAGUCCGCGCCUAGCGUUUGGCUGACGGCGUAUUGCGCGCGCAUCUUGCAAGAAGCUCGUUUCUACGAAUGGGAGAAUUACUUGUACAUAGAUCCCGAGGUGAUAGCCCAGGCUGUGUCCUGGUUACUGAGACACCAAACGCCAGACGGAUCGUUUUACGAAGUCACGUGGCUGCCGGAUCGAAAAAUGAACAGCUCUCUGAAUUACGUGGAUGACAUAAUAGUACACAGAAACAUCAGCCUCACAGCUCAUGUUCUCAUCACGUUGCAAAGCGUAAAAGAUUUGCCCGAAGGUUUGGGAACCCAGGUCGCUGUAAGCGCUGCUCACGCGGUUAAAUGGUUGGAAAGAAAUUUGAAGCUUUUAGAAGAUCGCGGAAACCCGUAUGAAAUAUCAAUAGUAUCGUAUGCUCUGCUGUUGGCAAAAGCUUCUAUCGCUGGCCAGGCUUUCAAUAUCUUGGCCAGACACGCGCGCAGAGAAGGAGGUUUGACUUACUGGGGAAGGGAACAAGUGCCCCUUCCUCCUUACAAGCUUGAAAAUCAGAAACCGUUCCUUCUGCCGCGUUUACCGUACAGAUACGACUCCGAGAAUAUUGAAACCACCGCGUACGCGCUUCUGGUUCACGUUGCGCGACAGGAAACGAUGAUAGAACCUAUUGUAAAAUGGUUGAACGCGCAGAGACUAACUGACGGUGGUUGGGCUUCCACUCAAGACACUGCGUGGGCAUUGAAAGCUUUAAUGGAUUACACGGUUAGGUCCAGAAUCAGAGACGUUAGCUCUUUGACUGUGACCGUAGAAGCUACAGCACUCCCAGGACAAACUAAAACGUUGUAUGUUAACGAUAAUAAUCUGGCAAGGCUUCAAACGAUUGAGAUACCAGAAGCAUGGGGAACGGUCAAAGUACAAGCAAAAGGUGCUGGAUACGCGAUUCUGCAAAUGUCUGUACAAUACAACGUAGACAUUGCCAAGUUCCAAACCCAACCACCGGUCAAAGCCUUCGACUUGGUCACCAGAGCAAACUUCCAUGGCAGAAAUCAGUCUCACAUUUCAUAUCUCAGUUGUCAGAGAUGGAUGAAUAUAAAGGAGUCUUCGCGUUCUGGAAUGGCAGUGCUGGACGUAGCCAUACCAACGGGUUACAUAAUCCAACAGCAAACCUUGGAUAGGUAUAUUCUAUCGAGACAAGUGAGAAACCUUCAAAGGGCAAGGUUCCAAGAGAAGAAGAUUCUCUUUUACUUCGAUUAUCUAGAUCAAGAGGAAACAUGCGUGAACUUUACGAUAGAGAGAUGGUAUCCGGUUGCAAAUAUGUCACGGUACCAUCCUAUCAGAGUCUACGAUUAUUAUUCGCCAGAACGAUUCAACGAAACGAUAUUCGAUGCUCUCUCCACGUACACGUUGAACAUAUGCGAGGUCUGUGGCAGCUCUCAGUGUCCAUAUUGUCCGAUUUAUAAUAUUGCCACAAUGUUCGCCAUGCCAACAAGUCUCCUGAUCAUGGUUUCUCUUCUGGUUGUUGUGACGAGCUAUUUUCGAACACAAGAGUUUAGCGUUGGUUAGUCUCGACACGUAAUAUCGCGUACAAAUUUUCAAACGAAAGAGAGGAAACAACGCUUCUGUUUCAUGUUUUACGUUUUAUACAACAUUGCCAUGUUUUCUCUACUUACAUCAUUCCACAAUGCCGUCCGUAAAUUUAUUAAAGAGCACACAAGUAUUACUAUUACGACAGAAGAGUUACUUACUAAUUGCGGAUUAAAUAUUUUGGUGCAUAGCUGGAACAGUAUCUGCAUAUAAUACAGAUAGCAACACGAGUUUUCCAAUGUUCCAGCUAAUUUUACUUCGUACUUUGUUCUUUUUUGUAACGUUCUAUCGGCCUAGUUACGAUAUAAAUCCGUCCAUUUAUUAUUUGUUAUAAUGUAUAUCGAAAAUUUUAUAUUCAGCGCGUAUGUAUGUACAACUCGAGCGCAAUUUGAUGAGAUCUAUACGGUCCUAAAUGCAUAUUUUUUAUACGUCUUUUAAACUAAAGCGUCUGAUAUUUUAUGUAAUUUAAUGUUGUUAGUCGAUGAGGUAUCGAUUUGUUCAAUGUUUUUCACCGUUUAUGCAGUUACAGAAAUGUGUUCUAGGAGGCAAAGAAUCUCAAGUACAAAUGAAAUUUAGUCGAGGUCGAGUUUCGCGCAAUAAGCGUGUCACACCAAAAAGAAAAACUUUUUAUAGUUCUUCUUAGUAGUAAAGAAUGAAAAGAAUAUUUAAAGCAUCUAAAAAUAGAGUACACGGUAACUUGUAAUAGUUUCACUUCCAAGUACUGGUAAUGUUCUCAUUGGAAACAACAAUUUUUCUCAUUUUCUACUUCAACUAUAUCUAACGUAUACAACUUUACUUUUGUGAAGAUUUCUCUGCAACUUUUCUUAACAAUUUAUGAAAUUAUGUUCAAAUUCAUUCGACGCUAGAAAACAAUAGAAUGUUAUUCUUAUACGUUUUAUACAUAAAUUGUGCCUUGAUGACGUUUUUUGAACAAUUCGUGAAUCCAAGGAUUUCGAUUAGGAAAAGUUGCUGUUGGUUCUGGUUGGUAAUAUGUAAAUAGUAGGUUAGUACGAACUCUCGACAUUAAUGUCGUUUUAGCGCGAAAGUUACGAGGUAUUCGUCCAAAUGUGUUUGCCUCUACAAAGAGAAUCUCUAUUCUUUUGUAUAGUGUGAUUUGCCUGUUCGAACAUCAAAGAUCUAUUUUAGUAAAGUAGCAUUUAUUCUAAGAUUACAAUAUGAACUCUUAAGUAAGUUUUCUGGAAUGUUAUAUGACCGAUACUUUGAAAACGUGCGACAGAAUUUUAGAAACUGAGAUAUCGGUUGAUAUCUUUAUUAAAAAUUAAACUUAAUAUACUCAACAUUUGCGUUAAAUAUUGAAGUUUACUGGAGAUUUUUCAAAAGAAAUCUUGUCGCACAAACAGUAUCGUAGCGCAUAUAGCGUCAAUAUACCGUCCUUAAAGAAGUCUGCUUUGUACUAUUGUACUAUUAAUAAUAACACUUUUAACGUGUGGGCACGUACAGCAACGAUUUUUAAUAGAGAUCACGGUUUUAUACCUAUGUUUAACACGUUGACUGCAUAAAAGUUGAAACAAUUUUCGAUAUAACUAACUUGAGUUUGAAAAAUACAAGCACAUCUGCAAUUCCUUGUCAGAGUAGUCAACGUAUAUUUUAGAUACGCGUGAAACGGGGAUCUCUAAUUUUUCUAAUAAAAUAACAUAUCUACGUGCAUGUUAAAUUAUUGAUAAUCUUAAAUCUUGUAAAAAGCUGAUUCUCGCUCGUGCGAACCGCCCGAAAAUAUAUUUAAACUAUUAACGAGAG